UAAACAACAGAAGAAGAACGCAUGAAGUAGAGCAGCAGUGGCGACACGCGCGUGCGUUACACUUCCUUCAGGACAACUCACUGACGUUCACAAACCUCUCAGAAGCUUUGAAACUGGGCAAUAGUCACGCUCUUACUGACGAUUUAGGUUUUUCCAAUAAUUUAGCGUCACCAUGCCAGCGAAAAAAGCUGUAAAGAGACAAACCAUUACAGCAAUUGAGGACUCAACGGUUGUGAAAAAACUAAAAGUUUCCCACAGUAGUCAUGGCCAGGAGAAGGGCCUGGUGCUUGUUCUCGGGCAGGGUGACGUUGGACAGCUCGGCCUGGGAGAGGAUGUGCUUGAGAGGAAGAAACCGGCCCUGGUGACUCUUCCUGAUGGCAUUGUGCAGGCUGUGGCAGGGGGCAUGCACACAGUCUGCCUCAGUGAUACAGGGAAUGUAUAUACAUUUGGCUGUAAUGAUGAGGGCGCUUUGGGUCGCGACACAUCAGAAGAGGGCACAGAGAUGGUUCCGGCCAAGGUAGACCUUGGAGAGAAGGUGGUUCAGGUUUCUGCAGGAGACAGCCACACUGCUGCCCUCACAGAGGAUGGAACUGUCUACAUCUGUGGCUCUUUUAGAGAUAAUAAUGGUGUCAUAGGACUCCUGGAGCCCAUGAAAAAAUGCACGUUGCCUGUCAAAGUUCCCUUAGACAAGCCCGUGAUUAAAAUAGCAUCAGGAAAUGAUCACUUGGUGAUGCUGACUGUGAAUGGAGAGCUUUACACUUCCGGAUGUGGAGAACAAGGGCAGCUGGGAAGGGUGGCUGAGCACUUUGCUAACCGUGGAGGCAGGAAAGGAUUGAGGAGGCUACUGGAGCCGCAGGUGGUUAUCAUGAAGCCACGGGGGAAGGUAGUCUUCACUGAUGUCUUUUGUGGAGCAUACUUCACAUUUGCUGUGUCAAAAGAGGGUCACGUUUAUGGCUUUGGCCUGUCCAAUUACCAUCAACUUGGUACCCAAAGCACAAACAUCUGCUUUAUUCCUGUCAAGCUCACCUCUUUCAAGAACUCCACCACCUCCUGGGUGGGUUUCUCUGGGGGUCAGCACCACACCCUGUGUCUGAAUUCUGAAGGACAAGUAUACAGUCUUGGACGGGCCGAGUACGGUCGAUUGGGCCUGGGGAAAGAUGCUGUAGAGAAGAGUGAGCCCUCACUAGUCCCUGGUAUCGGUGACGCUCAAGUGGUCGCCUGUGGUGCCUCUGUAAGCUUCGCUGUCACCAAACAAGGCUCUGUGUACGCCUGGGGCAUGGGCACCAACCUGCAGCUGGGUACAGGAGAGGAGGACGAUGAAUGGAGCCCUGUGGAGAUGAACGGCAAGCAGCUGGAGAAUCGUGUAGUUCUUUCAGUGUCCAGUGGAGGGCAGCACACAGUCCUGCUGGUCAAAGACAAGCAGGAGAGCUGAUCUUUAUCUCCUUGACUAAAGAAAGCUGAGCCAAACUACUGUAUCAGUGGUAUUUUUAACCUAUAGCUUGAUCAAGAACAGUGGAGUCAAACCAGUUCAGAACAAGUUGGUAAUACUUCCUGUGCUGAGCUAAGCCAGCUAUUCAGGGGAGAUGAUCGGUUUUGGAGAGUGUAGUAUAAAUAUAAUCUAAUUAAACCUUUUAUCCCACUUUAUGGGAAAUGCAAACAUUCACUGGAUAUGGUCUGGCAGAUCAUGAUCAAAAGAGACUUUUCUUUUUUUUUUUUUUUUAAUGGACUUUAUAUUUUUCCCUUUGCUUUUAUUUUCUUUUCUUUUUUUUUUUUUUUAACAAAUCUUUAGAACACUUCCUUGGAGACUGCCUGUUGUGAGUGAUUUGUAUGCAUGUAUGAACUAAAAACAAUUUAAAGUAUUUUAGAAAAGUCCCAGAGUUUUUUUUUUUUCUUUUUUUCUUGAUUCCACACUUUGGUCUGAGCAAUAAAAGGUUACAAGAGCAGGUAUA